AUGUCAUCGACACUCGACUUUGAUGCCUUCCUGGCAAGAUAUGUUGACACGAACAUCAACCUGGGCUCUCCCCUUUUCGACGAGCCUUUCCUGGUGGGAAACUUGCUAGGUGAACUCAAUAAGACGGAAGGCAUGGAGAAGAUUGGAAUCUGCAUGCUGGCAGCAAUGUGUUGCGCAAUGAAGCGAGCAGAUCUUGUUCCUCGCUUGUUUCUAUGCAUGACCCAAACGGCCCAUGAACCAAACUCUGCAGAUACAAUCUCGAAACACUUCUCGGAGCUGCGCGAGACUAUUAAUAUUAUCUGGCCAUUUGUGGGUGUCCCUCAGGUCAUCUCAGCAUGUCUUGGGCUUGCUGGAUAUUUCCAGUCGAAGGGGAUCAUGACUUUGGACCCGGAAAAUACUCUAAUCCGCCGUGGCAUCCGUCCCGAGGAUACGGACUUAGGAUUCCAAACUCGAAAAGAGAUCUACAAAGCCUCUGCCAACAGCGAGGUGUUUCGGAUGCUGAGCACAUACUUUGGGGAUUUUGCCCAUGCCCUGGACUCGAUUGGUUUCGGGUACAAUAUUGGUCGUGCCACUGAAGUUUGCUUUUCUCUUGUUGAAGUGGAAAUGAUCUUGACUUCAUCUCUGAUAGUUCUUGGGGCCACACGACAGGCGGGAAGUCACAUCAAGGCAUGCGUUGCGUUUAGAUACACUGUGAGAACAUUAGAAGCGGUCACCAAGGUCGCACAUGCAUUGGCUCAAUGGCAGGGUAUUCAAGUGCCGCCGGGCAUCGACAUUGACCGACUGGCCGACGAAGCACAGAGAGAGAUGCAACGACAACAAUGUCUGAGAGAAUGA